GGCUGUUACGAGUGCUGCAAGAGGCGUCUUAGGUGUGACAAGACAGAACCGCAAUGUCUCAAGUGUCAGAAAAAGGGCAUCUCUUGCUCUGGGCAGGGUUUGAGAUGUAGGUACAGUAGCCACAUGGCUGCCAACUCCACACCUGGUGAUGGGAAGCCUUUGACUUUGACGUUUAUUUCAACAUCGACGCCUUCGGAACCUAGUCCAACUCAGCCUGGCAAGAGUUUCAGAUGGGUUGAUUCUGCGCAGAGGGUGAGAAAGGAGAGGGUGAGGAAGACGAAGGGACGGUCUGCUUCUGAUAGUCCUACUUCGUCAAAUCCUCCUGACUCUGCGUCUUCUGAUGAUGCUACGUCGCCGUCGUCGGAUGACUCGGCUUCUGAAUUUGGUGCUGUUGUGCCAUAUCGAUAUGGAGUUACGAUACAUCCAGCACUGAAUGAGGCUUCAAACGCCCAAACAAGGAGGUUGUUCAGUCAUUGUAAGUUCCAACCUCCUUUUGUGACCUCCAUUCUGACGUAUCUAGUCUCUGAGAUCAUCGCUGGACACAUGGUUGUACUAGACUCAUUCUCCUUCAGCAACGGAUACAGAGACGUUAUUCUACCGCUUGCUCACCAAGAUGAGAAUCUUGCACAAGCUGUAUCAGUCGUAUCGGCGUUUCAUCUAGGACAAAGGGAUCCGAAGUUACAACGCAUCGCUGAAGCAGGCCAUCAAGCUAUUGUCCAGAAGCUACGGCGGGACUCACUUCAACUUAGCCCCGAACAACUUUUCAACCCAUAUAUCCUUGCAACGAUUUUGGUACUUCUUGUUGGUGAAACAAUCACGGGUGCCGACAACUACACAUACCUUCUCGAGAUGCUCAACUGCCUCACACAAUAUCCAGACUGGAUAUCAAAGCUACCACCGAGCCUGAAGGAGUUUUUUCUUCAGCAGAUCAAGAUGUUCCAACUCUUUGGCGUCCCCCUAGCCAACGAAUCCAAAGGCCUCAAAGUCCUGACCGGCCCAGAAGCAUACCUCGACUUCAUGUCCUACCCGGAGCUCCCCCCACAAUCCGAACACUUCACCAACAUCGAGACCAUCCGCUCCGCCAUCUUCGACGCUUGCAGCAUCUACCGGCGACGCGCCGAGUCCUCCCUCAGCGACGACGAAUCUAUCCAUCUCGUCGAGCAACUCCGUCUAAAAGUCCUCGACCUUGAUUGUUCCACCAAAGGAGCGCACGCUCUUGUCUGGACGUACUUUAUAGCUGCUGCUGAGAGUAUUCUUCCGGAGCAUAGGGAGUUCUUUGCGGGGAGGUUGGCGGAUUUGUAUAGUGUUACGAAUUUUGGAAGUAUUCCUGUGGCGGUUAAGGCGUUGGGGACGAUUUGGAGUAUGCGGGGUACGAGGAGGUGGACGGAGAUCGUUAGUAGUGAGACGCCGAUCCUUAUUAUGUAAAUUUGUAGGAAUAGUAAGACGGAUGAUAAAAGGUUAUGGUUUAGGCGUUGGUGGACGAUAGAUGGGAAAUUGAUUUGUUCUACUGUCUCAAGGUUCAACUUAGUCGUUAUCAGCAUAUCGACACGGUCAGGCUACAUAUUGUGCGGAGAGUGAAUACAUCAUCUUAUUAGAUUAAUCUGCGGGUACUAGCGUAACCCCUGACUUAAACCAG